AUCAGUUACAUACAUAUGCCCAUAUCAUUAAAGAUUCUUGGUCGCAUGUAAAUAAGAAUAUUUUGAAAUGCUCUAACUAUGCUGCGCAACGGCCAAAAUCAAGCACAACUAUUGGCUCGUAACUUGGGCCAAUUCGUGCGAGGAUUGGCCUCGUCAAAAAAGACCACCGGUAAGGAAACUUCAAAACCAAAACUGCCUAAGCACUCUCCCGUGGAAAUACCAACGGAAGAACCACUAAAUGCUAGCUAUUUGACCAAAACUAUAGGCAGCAACUACCGCGCUUGGGCCGCUGCCUUGGAAAAACACCCAGAAUUAAAAUCCUUAAAACGCAAGGAUUUACUAAACUCCUAUGAUACGCUUAAAUCAUUAAAGUAUAAUGCCGAAGACAUCAUAACCAAACCCAUGAUUAUUUACUAUGGAGCCUCUACGUUGUCCAAUCGGCAUAGUGUUCUGGUGGAGUGCGGCUUUCAAAAUGUAACCAUCCAGACGCUGGCUAAGUACGUGACAGUGGUUAACAAACCCAUAGACAUCCUUAAGGCCCACGGUUUUAUACCCUACAAUGUCGAGGUGGCGAAGCUUUUGGCAGACUCCUUUACGGAUAUAAGUCUACCAGUAAAUGACCAGGAUUUGAACAAUGAGAGUCUAACCCUAAAAAGCCUCAGACAAUCCCUUUUAAACACCUAUCUACGGAAAAGGCUCCAGAUGGACGAUGCAGAUCUCCUUAAGCUGUGGCGGGUCUAUUCCCGCGUCCGUCACAAGAGCUUUUGCUCCUUGCAAGACACUGUGAAGUUGCUUACAACUGACUUGAAAUUUUCUGUAGAGCGCUUAAAAAAAAACAGUUUUUUGCUUCACGCAGAUGCUGAUAAUGUGCGGCGAAUACUGCGAGAAAUACCUACCAUUGAUUCGCAGGAUAUCCGGGAAAUUGGCUUCCGUCGACCCAAAAUUCUGAUGUCCACCUGUGAUAGCUUGAAGCAGACUCUGCAGCACGUGCAUGCGUUUGGGAUCAGCGAGGAUGCUGUUUUGCGUUGCUUGGAAAUUUUAACCUUAGGCCCAGACACGGUAUUGGAACGUUUGCGAGAUCUACAGCAAAUCGAGGAGUUUCAGGUACUCGGCACCAAUCCACGAGUGUUGCGAUUAGUUCACUACCAAAACAAGGCUCGUCUACGUUUGGAUUAUCUUAAUCAGCUGAAAGUGCGCUGUGCUUCCUUACACAUCCUAUCCUGCGGCUCCGAGGCGUUUGCCAAAUUUGCUCGAGAUGGAUCUGAUCGUACCAAGGGUCGUGAUAUCGUUGUCUACUUGAGCAACGUUUUGUCCAAGGAUGAGCAGGUUUUGCGAAAUCUCCUCUCCCGUCACCCGAAUUGGUGUCACAUACCUGUGCUUCAUGUAAAGCAGUGUUUGGAAUAUUUACGAAGUAAAAAGUUUAGGAGGGAGGAGAUCUUUACCAACAUACACUUACUUCUUUAUCCCAUAAAACGCAUCGAGGAAAAACUUCAGCUCUUGCAAUUACCCGAUGCGCUAGAGGAACUCCAAUUGCCUUUAACAGGCAUCCAUGCAUUGAGCAAUAACGAGACUCUUACUCUCAUUUUGUACCUUAUCGAAUCAGAGUUUCAUUUCACCGGCGAUGGCAUCUGGACAGAGCAACAUACACAUCACGUGGAAAACUUUAAUAAUCUUUUGCCCGAUUUUCCUGAAAGCCUCAACAAAGUUUAUAAAUACGGUGUAAAGCCUUCUGAAAAGCUUGGUAUGCAGCAUUUAUAGGCAAAAUAAAUGGAUUUGUACAUAACUUGUUAAUGGAA